ACCAUGGCCAUGAUUUUGGGUUGCUGGGACCUCCGCGGGCUAGGUCAUACCAUCCGCCUGCUCCUGGAAUACACAGAUUCAAACUAUGAGGAAAAGAAGUACACAAUGGGGGACGCUCCUGACUAUAACAGAAGCCACUGGCUGAAUGAGAAAUUCAAGCUAGGCCUGGACUUUCCCAAUCUGCCCUACUUAAUUGAUGGGCCUUACAAGAUCACCCAGAGCAACGCCAUCCUGCGCUACAUUGCCCGCAAGCACAACCUGUGUGGGGAGACAGAAGUAGAGAAGAUUCGUGUGGACAUCCUGGAGAACCAGGUUAUGGACACCCGCAGGGAUUUAGUCAUGCUGUGCUACAACCCUGAUUUUGAGAAGCUGAAGCCGAAGUAUUUGGAGGGGAUCCCUGACAAGAUGAGGCUCUUCUCGCAGUUCCUGGGGAAGCGGCUGUGGUUUGCAGGGGACAAGAUCACCUUUGCGGAUUUCCUUGCUUAUGACAUCCUUGACGUAAACCAUAUCUUUGAGCCUAAGUGCCUGGACGCGUUCCCAAACUUGAAGGACUUCAUGGCCCAGUUUGAGGGUCUGGAGAAAAUAGCUGCAUACAUGUAG